UCUGCUUCUUGUUGAUGCCAAGGGUAAGUGAGAUUAUGUCAAACCUUUAAACAGAGUCCUCUUUCUCUGCCCCACCCCCUGUUCCUACAUAACACACGCUGCAUUUAGCAACACCUGCUUUUACCCAGCUGGUGGUGGGGUGUGUGUGUGUGUGUGCCUGCUUCUUGCCCCUGCUGAUGGAUGCUCUUGCUGGCAGCUCCCUUGGAUGGGUCUGUGUGGGCAUCACUAUGCUUUUUUGGGUGACUGUGCUCUGCACAGCCAAGAGGAACCUGGCGGAGAAAGCAAAUGUGCUGGUCUGGAGCCUCCUGCCUGCCUUGCUGGGGUUGCUGUGUGUGGCCAUGCUGGGUGCUGGCGGAGGGCUGGUGGUGUUCUGCACCAUGAGCCUCAUCUCCUCUGUGUACCUGGGUGGCAGGACACUGCUGCCUGUGGGUGACAAAGCCGUGCUCAUCACAGGAAGUGACACUGGGAUUGGACAUGCGCUGGCUAAAUACCUGGAUGACUUAGGUUUUGUUGUAUUUGCCGGGGUUUUGAAUAAGGAUGGACCUGGAGCUGAGGAACUGAGACGGACCUGUUCUCAGAGACUCUCUCUCCUGCAGCUGGAUAUAACCAAUGCCACCCAAGUCAAGGAAGCCUAUCUAAAAGUCUCAGAGAAGGUGCAAAAUACAGGGCUCUGGGGGGUCGUGAACAACGCGGGUAUCCUGGGCUUCACCGCUGAUGGCGAGCUGCUCCCCAUGAGCACGUACAGGCAGUGCAUGGAGGUGAAUUUCUUUGGGGCUGUAGAGGUGUCCAAGACCUUCUUACCGUUACUUCGGAAAUCCCGGGGGAGGCUGAUUAACAUGUCCAGCAUGGCAGGAGGCAUUCCACUACCAAGGUAUGCUGCAUAUGGUGCAUCAAAAGCAGCUUUGUCCAUGUUUUCUGGAGUAAUGAGACAAGAGCUUUCCAAAUGGGGAAUUAAAGUUGCUGCAAUUCAUCCGUCAGGCUUCCGAACAGGUAUACAAGGCACAUCCGACCUGUGGGAUAAGCAAGAAAAGGAGCUGAUGGAGAACCUCCCAGCAGACACAAGGCAAGACUAUGGUGAGGACUACCUCCUGGGGCUGAAGAGCUACCUCCUGCACAUGCCCACGUACUGCGAUGCCAACCUCUCCCCUGUGCUGAGUGCUAUCCUGCAUGCUUUGCUGGCCAAAAGACCACACAGCUUGUACACCCCUGGCAAAGGGGCUUAUGUGCCUCUCUGUAUUUUCUGCUACUUUCCUCUCUGGUUCUAUGACUUUUUCAUUAGUAAAAUGCUGAGUACUGAGUCUGUCCCAAGGGCGCUGAGAACAUCAGAAGCUGAAAGCAAGAAUCUUUAAGGAAUCCAUCAGUGUUUGUCUUACUUGAUAACUGGGAAAAACUCCAUUUCAAGACACUGCUAUUUAUUGUACUGUCUUUGUUAAAUUGCAUUUAUGCUGCCUUGCAAACAAAGGUAAAUCUUUGUGUUGAGUAAUGUUCAGGAAAAGUGGUGGAUAAACAGAAAUAGAAAGCUGUCCCCAGAUGGGGCUUUUUGGGGAAUUUAAAUGUUUUCCUGAUGUCUUUCUAUCCUGCCUUCUGAGUAAGGUAUCUCAUGAGAUUAUAUAGCCCUUGUCUGCUUCUAAAGGUGCCACCAACACAGACAUAUGUAUAACCUGUUUUUUAAAAUGAAACAAAAAAACCGUCCUUGAGUGAACAACCCUCUUAAAUGUUUUAAGGAGUCGCAUGUAUUCCUGUCAUUGGAGAGAUUUCUAAAUGUCUAAAGCAAAUCUUUCUCACUGCAGCUUCAGACUAAUACAUUUUGGUUUGGUGGUUGGUGGGGUCUUUUGGACCUAAGAAGUUAUUGACAUUUUUUCCAAGUUCUGUGAAGUAUGGUUGUGGUGUUUAUACGUGUCCUCUUUGCUAGACUAAGCAAAGUAAAUUAGUUGGGGGGGGCGGGAAAUUAACAAAGGCAGAUCAAGACCUUCAUAAAGAAGCAAUCUCCUUCCUACAGUAUUAUAAAAAGUAAUACUAAGUGUAUCAGCUGCUAAUUUGAUAUGACUGUCCUGGUCAUGGUGUUCAUUGCCUGUAUAUGCCUGCGCUUCCUUAAUUAUUAGUAAACUCUGAUCUCACUUCU